UUUUUAUUGUGGUGAAGAAGACCAAAGUCUUAUUCUAUUAUUCCUCUCAACAACACUCCGCUCCACAAUCAAUGAUGGUCAUCAAAAGAUAUGUGGAACAUGAAGGCGAGAAUUAUUCGAAAAUGGAAUCAGGGUUACAAGAUGGAGAUCAUCUUCAUUGAUGAGAAGGGUGCUAAGAUUCAAGCAGGUAUUAAGAGUCAUCUGAUACCUGUUUUUGAUGGACAGCUGCAAGAAGAUGUUGUUGUGAUUCUGUUGAAAUUUGGUGUUGGUGAGAAUAAAGAUUUAUAUAAAAUAGUAGUGCAGCCUUAUAAAAUCAACUUUUAUAGAUGCACAACUGUUACUCGUGUGAGAGGUUGGCAAUGUGUUGAGUAUGGUUUCAAUUUCAGAGCUUAUGAAGAUAUUCUUCAAGGAGAGGCGUUAAACGCUUUGAGUGUUGAUGUUGCUGGAUCUGUGAUUUCUUGUGGAGAUCUUGAAAUCUUUGAUCGACCUCCAAAGGAGACUAAGAAGAUGAAUUUCGAUAUUGAAGAUUUGGAAUAAGUUGUUGUUUAUAUGUUCAGUCAUGUAGUGAUCAUAAAAUGUAUUUAAUGAUGUUAAUAAAUAAGAUGAAGAAUGUU